AUGGACGACCUGCGCUUUCGAUCUCAACAAACCCCCCGGAACGAGCCCACGAUGAACACACUUGUUUCACCUCCGCGGAACAGCAACCGCUUGCCCCAGCCUGUACAGGCUCAUGAUGGGCGCGGUGCUCUGCCUCGCCGCUUCACUACCGAUUCGGGGCGUGUACCAACAUUGUCUUCAAUUACCGGCCAGCGCGGCCCUGAUCUUGGCCAGGAUUAUAACACUUUGCACAAAGUUCAAUUGAUUGAAAAGAAAAAGCUUGAAUAUGAGAGGCUUCGCGAGCAGAGGCGCCGGUUUGAACUUGAGAUGCAGAAGCUGGAGCAGGCGCAGCGACGUGAGGAAAUGGAGCUUGCCAAAAUGCAGGAUGACCUUCGUCAAGGUCACCAGUCGGAGCCGACGACGCCACCCGAAUACCACGAGUCCUCUGGUUUCCCUACGAUGUUCUCGCGCCCAAACCGUUACUCGACGUCCAGCCUGACUUCGCCCCCGGGCCUAUUCAACCGACCCGGCCGCUCGGGGUCGCAGCUUACCUCCCCGCAGUCGACCUUGAUGCAGUCUCGUUUUACCUUUGACGACCACCUGCCGUCUCGCUCCGUGCCCGGCUCGCGAAGAAACAGCGAUGAGGAUGAGAAGGAGGAGGCGGUUCGUCAGGAUCCUAGUAGCCAUCGGUCCUCCAAUGCGUAA